AUUAAAGAAUUUGCAAUUGAUUUUCAUGAAAGCCGAAGCGAUGGGGAGCAAGGUGUUAGCUUCCUUAGAAAAUAUUCCGUAACGAGGAAGAAGCUUUGAGCUAUCCACACGAGCGUUCCUAUAAACAAAUAUUCGUUUUUUUUUGCAAUAAUCAUUCGCAUUGCAAUAGAUCUUUGCGAUCUUUCAAGUGCGUUCUCAACGACAUUUAUCUACGCGCGUCAACAACUUUUCAUGAAAAAUAGAAAUGUAAUGGCACCAGUGUUACCCAUAGAGUCUUUAGGCAAUAACAAGACAGAGUUUCAUUCGCGCACUGUCGUGGUACACGUGCAAGUUGCAACGAUUGCGGCGGCGAUCAGGUCGUCAGCGCGUAGGACGCGACUAAACGACGAAUCAAGCGACAAGCUGCACACAGGCGACAUGGCAUCGAGCGGGCAUUUGAACUUGGCGCGCUUUCGCGAUUUGCGCGCUGCACGGCAACGCUGCAAGGCGCAACUACAAGUAUACUCGCACACAACUAGGAAUUGGUGUGUAGGUGUGGAUUUCGGGCCGCGCCGUGAAGCGAGUCAGUGAGUGCUUGUUCGAGUGCUGGUGCGAGUGCUGGUAGCUUGGCAGCAGCAGCGGCCCAGCGUGAAAAACGGAUCACUCGCGUGGAUCAUCAGGCUCGGGCGACACUUUGAAAAGCCGUCGACGGAUAAAUUUUUGAAAUCGCAUCUCGGACAGACCGUGGCGUACGUGCUUUUGUCGACGUCUGCUUCGUUAUUUGGUAGUAGGCGCGAGUGCCUCGAGGAGGAGAAUAGCGUGCGUCGGUUGUUCGUCCAAACGAGUUGCCUGGUGGUUCCCCAAGUUGCUCUGUUGCUCGGAUACGCAGACGCGAAGUAUGUAGACUUUAACGCGCACGGCUGCAGGUGACCAGUUUCCCGGUGAAAUCAGCUCGCUCGGUGGAGUAGCGUCUCAAGACAAACGCUCGAGUGUGGUGCGCGAGUAAGCUUCGUCUCUGUGCUUGUGCGUUCUCGCUUGGCGCGAUCGUCUUCGGGGGAACUGAACCAAUAUAAAAACCACUGGCAUUUGCCAAGUGAGUCGUCGGAAUCGUCAGCAGCAAAUUUAAAAAGCCGUGCUCGCAAAGCGAAAAAUACUCGUUGGUGAGAGAGACUCUGCCGCGGCGCGCACGUGUGUUCGGUAUAAUCGAAGCGCUGCGGCAAGAACGUUCUCUCGUUGCCGUGUCUUUAGAUAGUGCCUAGCACGUACCGCGUGAAGUCGAGCUGGUCGAGCUGCUGUGCGCGCGCGAUAGAGCCAUCGAUUUUUUCCGUGCACACCAAAACCAUCACCGUCGUCGCCAGCGUCGUCGCUUGCCGAGUCUCUCGCUUCCAUGUCGGCAUGCACAACAAUGGUCUAGAUCGACGACGACGACGUUGUAACAUACAUAUUUGUGGGCAUCCAGCAUUGCUGCGAGGGAGGGAUCGGAUGUCGAUUGGCCGCAAAGCAGUCUUUUAGCUUCGAUGGACACGAUGGACGAUUCGAUAGCGAUUUCGGCUGCUCACCUGGGCCACUCACACGUCGAUCAUGUGAUCGCUAAUGGAGGAGAUCCUUGUUGAAGACACUGGCGAAAAGUGUUUAGAGGAGCUAGCUGCUGCUGCAGUCUUGCCAAGCGUAGUCGGCAACAGCAGCGUGGGCAGCAAUUGUCCAGCAGCAGCGGUAGGAGCAGCAACGACGACAGCCUGCGCGACCGUCGCCUCUGGCACCGCCAACGCCGAAGAUCCAGCAGCCACCCAUGUAAUGUCGAUGCUGUACAUCCAACAGAGCAACUCGGAGAACGGCAACGGCUUGAAUCAGCAACAAUCGCAAUUCCACGUGGUCAACAAGUCGCAGAUCGCUGCUUUCAAUCAGAUUGUACUGCAAGGCCUCAGUCAAGUUGGUCAAAAUCAAAUUGCACAGCCAAUCACUAUUCGAAGGCAAAUAAAUUCUGUUAAUCCUGCAAGUCCUGCACAAACUCAGAAACAUAUUUUAGUACGUAAGUCUAAUGCAUCUAGUGCACAGAUAAUGCCUCUUGGUACAUCUCAAGAGAGUCAGAUUCACACUCAGGCAGCACCUAGUAUUGCUUAUUUUAUUAAACCUAAACCUCAAGAAACAGUUGUAAUACCUCAAGGAUCAAUAUCUGCAGCACAGCUUUCACAAAAACUAGUUAUUGCACCAGUUAUUUCACAUGUGACUCCAACAGCUAAUACAACAACUAGGAAUGUACAGAAUCAAACUCCUAAGCAUAUGACCAAUAUCAUAUUGCCUAUGAGUAUUCCACAACAAAGUGUUUCCAUUACAAAGAAGAGACUCGGUCUUGAACAAAACUUGAACCUCAAAUAUAAUAACGGUCACAUUAAUUCCGGUGCGAUAACAGUUCUGAGAGAAUCGAAGACGUCAAACGCGGCAUCUAACCCUCCACCAUUACAUCCAAUAUCUAAGAUGAGCUUAUUAAAUGGGCCAAAAAGUAAUAGUAAUUCAUCAGAUAGUAUACAAAUAACUGAAAAUCCAGAUUCGGCAGUAAUAACUCCUAUUCCUAAAAAAGACGACAAUAAUUCUGAAAAACGGAAAAAAACAAUUAGCAAUAUACUACGUGGGUCAGGAGAAAAAGUCCGAGUGAGAAAGCAAGAUUUACAAUCUUCUUUGCAAGACACGUCGGAAAUGACUAGUUAUACGCUGAGUAGUCCAGACGUGACACAAGAAAAAGACAAGAAGAGAGGCAAAGAAAGCGAUGAUGAUAUAACAUUUAUAGAAGUUGUUCCAAGUGAAGAGAAAAAACUUAAACGUCCUUCCAUAUCAGAUGAAAUUAUUAGAAAAUUAAAUAGUCAAGAGAUUGAAAUUAUUGAGAAAUGUGAAAAAGUUAAUGGAAAACAAAGUAAUGAAGAAAUUAAAGCUCAGACAACUUUAUUUCAGAAUGAUUCAAAUUAUGAUGCCACGAAAGCCUUAGAAUGGAAAGAUGGUGUCGGUUCAUUACCUGGUAGUAAUCUGAAGUUUUGUAUGAAUGAAUUUGGAUUGAUGGAAGUUGUCGACGAAGGAGACAACAAGCAGGAUAGAGAUAGUAAUAUUGGUGACAAAGAAAACAAAUGCCUAACACAAAGUUCUUCUAAGAGUUGCUCUCCAACUACAGUGAACGAAAAAAAGCUAGGGGAUAAAAAAGCAAGAUCUGUAUCAGCAGACACAUUCUAUUGUUGUGAGGGAUGUGGUUGUCAUGGUUUAGCAUCAGAAUUUCAUACCCCAAAUUCUUGCAGCCCUUCGUGUUCUGAAUACAUUGAAGAUUUAAGACAACAAAAGUUACGCAAAGAAAAAGAACUAAAUAAAGAAAUGAAAGUAAAGAAAAGACGGAAAAAAUUGCUUCAAGAACAAGAAAGAGAAAAAAAUAAAGACCUCAGUUCAAAGGCAAACGAUGAUGACAAGUCAAAAGACAGUGAAGAUACAUUUGACAAAUUGGAAGAAAAGUCCAAGCCUGAUACAGAUGAAGAUACGAAAGAUACAAAUAUUUCUCUGAUGGAUGACGAAACUCAAGGGGAUUCAGAGUCAAAGUACCCAUGGCAAACAGGCAAGUUAGGAUUUUCGUGGUCAAAAUAUCUUGAACAUACGAAAACCAAAGCAGCACCAGUCAAAUUAUUCAAGGAUCCUUUCCCAUAUACUAAAAACAAUUUUAAAGUUAGUAUGAAAUUGGAGGGUAUUGAUCCAAAUAAUCCAUCGCAUUAUUGUGUCCUGACAGUUGCUGAAGUAGUUGGUUACAGACUUCGAUUGCAUUUUGAUGGGUAUGCAGAAAAUUUUGAUUUCUGGGUCAAUGCUGAUAGUAUGGAUAUUUUUCCCGUUGGCUGGGCAGAAAAAAAUGGACACAAAUUGCAGCCUCCUAAAGGUUAUACUCAAGAUAAUUUUAAUUGGAACGCUUAUCUCAAAAUUUGUAAAGCUACAUCAGUUCCAAAAACUAUUUUUUCUAACAGAAAUUCAAUGCUUCCAACCGGUUUUCGUGUCGGAAUGAAGCUUGAAGCUGUCGAUCGUAAGCAUUCUUCAUUGGUAUGUGUGGCAAGUGUAGCAGACGUUAUGGAUUCAAGAAUUCUUGUGCAUUUUGAUUCUUGGGAUGAUGUAUAUGAUUACUGGGCAGAUGUAAGCUCACCAUAUAUACAUCCAAUCGGCUGGUGUCAUCAUAAUGGACGUAGUUUAACACCUCCUAACUUUUUCAAAGAUGCAAAAUCUUUUUCGUGGGAUGCGUAUUUAAAAAGUACUGGUAGUAUCGCAGCUCCAUCUCGAGCUUUUAAACAACGGCCACCUUGCGCAUUCAAACGCUGUAUGAAGCUUGAAGCAGUCGAUAAGAGGUUACCACAAUUGAUAAGAGUCACAACUGUUGAAGAUGUUAAAGAUCACAUGAUCAAAAUUCGAUUUGACGGCUGGCCUGAAAAUCAUGGAUAUUGGGUUGAUGAUGACUCGCCUGAUAUUCAUCCAAUGGGAUGGUGUUCAAAAACUGGCCAUCCAUUAGAACCUCCAUUGACUCAAGAUAACCUCAGCGAACGUCCAGAAUGUGGAACUUUUGGUUGUCGAGGAAUCGGACAUGUCAAAGGACCCAAAUUUGCAACGCACAAUUCUGCUUCAGGUUGCCCAUACUCACCACAAAAUAUAAAUAAAAUAAAAACGAUUACAGAUCGAUUAAAUUUGAAACACGAAGUGAAUGACUUCGAUGAAGAAGUCACAGUAGAAAAACCAAAACUAGAAAAACUAGAGAAAAAUAAGACUGAUCGUUUUGAAAAACGACUUUUAUCUUUCGAAGAAAAGCCAAUUAAAACCGAAACUAUCAAACAAGAAGAUGGCGAUUCAUCUGAUAAAAAUGAAAAAAUUGACACUUCUGAAAGACUGAGUGGCAAAUGGAGGAUUAAUAGUGAUGGUCAAACGGAUGAAGAAGAAAUCUAUAGAAAAAGAAAGAAAAGGAAAUUUGGACAGGAUGAAUCAAAUAGCCUUUCUUCCUUUACUUCUAAUCAUAAUACUUCGUCAACAUCGACGCCAUAUGCUCCAACUAUGCCAGAUAAGCAGUUACGGAUGGAACUUUAUCAUUCCGUUUAUAAUCCGGGAUAUAAUCCUAUGCCGGAUGCACCUCAUGUAUGGGCAAAGCAUAGUAAUGCUUUAAAUAGAGUUGUAUCAAAACAGAAUACAAAUCCUCGGAGAUGGUCCAGUGAGGAAGUAAUUAAGUUUAUUCAAAGUUUACCAAAUUGCAGAGAAAUUGGUAGCGUCUUUAGAAAGCAUAAUCUCGAUGGCGAUGGUUUUCUCAUGCUGACUCAAGAAGAUUUGGUAUCUACAAUGGGUUUGAGAUUAGGCCCAGCCAUAAAGCUUUACAACAGUAUUGUUUUAUUACGGAAGCGAGUAACGUGAAAAUCUUUUAUUAGAAGAUUAUUUUUAGCUAAUAAUGAAUGAAUGAAUGAAUGAACGAAUGAAUGAAUGAAUUAAUUAAUUAAUGAAUGAACGAGUGAUUUAUAUAAAAAAGAUAAUGUUCAUCCUGUAUUGAUGAAUAAAUUUGAUUUUAGUUUGUGAAUUUUGUAAAAUGAAUUUUUUUGUUAAAGGGCAUUAUUAAAUUGAUUUUCACACGCGUGAAAUUUAUAUAAAUAGUUUUCAAUUCUAUUUAAUGUCCUUGACUUCAUUGUUUUGUGAGACUACGUGUGCGUAUCAUGUGUAUGUACUUACGAUUCGCUUAUUAUUUAUAUUUUUAGAUUUGGCGUUUGCUAAAUAAUCACUGUACAAAUGUAAAUAUGUUAUACAUAAUA